AUGGCCUUCGUGCCGACCCCCAGCCCAACGGUGGUGGACCAGACCACCCUCAUGAAGAAGUACCUGCAGUUCGUGGCAGCACUCACGGACAACAACACCCGUAAGUGAAUGAGAAACUGAUAAUUUAGUGUGCCGUAGUCUGAGAGUCAGCAUGAGCCUGAGAAUUCUCCUGUGCCCAGAAACAUAAUUUUUGCUUGAUUUGAUGUAUACUGUGCCGCUAUUGGAUGAGUUGUGGGCAUAGUUAUUCAGUAAUCUAUGGAAGGUGUGGUUUAGGUAUAAUCUCUACAGCAGGGGCAAUGUGAUGAGAGCGAUAUGCUUUAGUCCAGAAUUAGGUACAGUGUAUUUGUGAUGGUGAGUGACUGAGUGAGUGCGAGUGUGUCUGAUAAAUGUACCUUAAAACAAUCUGGGCGCUGAAAGUAAAACUGAUAAGAUCUGAGUGUCCCUGUCUGCUAAGAGAUGAGAAGUAUAUGGUGACUCAAUGUGUCAUAUGAACUGUUUAAUAUUUUUACUGUAUCCUCCAACACUCAGCUGAUGAAACAAAGUUGAAGAUGAUGCAGGAGGUCAGCGAGAACUUUGAGGUGAGUUUAUACCAUAGAAAUAGAAUAACAAGAAUGGGUAUACCCAUUAUGUCUGUGUUUCUACUACAGCUGCACGUUCCAACACUGUUCACGUAUAUCCUCUCCAUAAUGAAAACUGGUCUUAUGUUAGUGUUGACGUCUUAUUCUUUUUCAGAAUGUGACAUCAUCACCACAGUACUCCACCUUCCUGGAACACAUCAUCCCUCGCUUCCUUACCUUCCUCCAGGACGGAGAGGUGCAGUUCCUGCAGGAGAAGCCCACACAGGUAAGAGGACAUAAAAUAUUGAAAUUAUUUAAUUUGCUUAGGGACAGAUAGAAUUUAAACAUGCAGGCAUUGAAUGCACAAGAAUCAGAUUCACCUUGUAUUACUCUAAAACAGCAACUGAGGAAGCUGGUGCUGGAGAUCAUCCACCGGAUCCCUACUAAUGAACACCUGAGACCUCACACCAAGAACAUUCUGUCUGUCAUGUUUCGCUUCCUGGAGGUAAGCUGUCACUCACGUCUGAUUGACAUGAUUUACGUUGCAUAUCAUCUUUUCAGCAGAGGCGAUGUGAUGAGAGCGAUAUGCUUUAGUCCAGAAUAAGGUACAGUGUAUUUGUGAUGGUGAGUGACUGAGUGAGUGCGAGUGUGUCUGAUAAAUGUACCUUAAAACAAUCUGGGCGCUGAAAGUAAAACUGAUAAGAUCUGAGAACGCCUGUUUGCUGAGAGAUGGGAACUGUGUGGUGGUGAAAUGUGCCAUAGGAACCACUAGAUUUCUGAAACUAUCAGAAAGGUAUUGUCCACCACACACAUGCCCUGAGUGUACAAAACAUUAGGAACACCUUCCUAAUAUUGAGUUGCACCCCCUUUUGCCCUCAGAACAACCUCAAUUCGUCGGGGCAUGGACUCUACAAGGUGUCAAAAGCAUUCCACAGGGAUGCUGGCCCAUGUUGACGCCAAUGCUUCCCACGGUUGUGUCAAGUUAGCUGGAUGUCCUUUGGGUGGUGGACCAUUCUUGACACAUACGGGGAACUGUUGAGCGUGAAAAACCCAGCAUCGUUUCAGUUCUUGACACACUCAAACUGGUGCGCCUGGCACCUACUACCAUACCCCGUUCAGAGGAACUUAAAUAACCCGUCUCCUCCCGUUCAUCGACAUUGAUUGAAGUGGAUUUAACAAGUGACAUCAAUAAGAGAUCAUAGCUUUCACCUGGAUUCACCUGGUCAGUCUAUGUCAUGGAAGGUGUUCUUAAUGUUUUGUACACUCAGUGUAUUUAGUCCAGUAAGUAAUUAUCUGUCCCUAACCAGAACGGAUUGACUGAGUGUUUGCAUUGCAUUGCUCGUUGUUUGUUUUCAGAUUGAGAGCGAGGAGAACGUGCUGAUAUGCCUGCGUAUCAUCAUUGAACUGCACAAGCAGUUCCGUCCACAGAUCUCUCAAGAGGUGAGAACUAAGACCUUACUAUUCUCCAAUCUCACUUUGUGUUGAUGAUGAACAGAAGACCUGCCUCCAGCGUCUUGCCAUGGCUCUAUCUCAAUUCCUCUUUCCAUGAUUCCUCGCAUCUCCUUGCCUUCUUAACCGUAUUGGAUCAGACCUUCUCCAAUGUGUUUUGAGAAUAAAGCAAGGAAAAAGGAUGUGAGGAAUCAAGCAAAGAUGAAUUGAAAUGGAGCCCAUGUCUUGAUGCUGAACAGUGCUCCUCUGAUCAAGGUAUUAACUGUCUUCUGUAAUCCUUUAUUCAGAUUCAUCACUUUCUGGACUUUGUGAAGCAGAUCUAUAAGGAGCUGCCUAAAGUAGUGGUAAGACAACAGAACAGCAGGUGGAUUAUUGAGCUGUGUGGGAGCUGGGAAAUGUUUGGGUCUCUGAGGAUGUAUGAAUCAUGUUUUCACUCCUCACUUUUGCUCUCUUCUUCCCUCUUGUCUUUUCUCCCUGUCACUGUAUCUCUGUUCUUGUCCCCGCUCUCUCUCCCUCUCUCAGGCUCGGUACUUUGAGAACCCCCAGGUGAUAGCUGAGAACACAGUGCCUUCUCCUGAGAUGGUGGGCAUGAUCACCUCGGUGUUGGUGAAGACCGCCCCCGAGAGGGAGGACAGUGAAACACGCACAGUGAGUAGACCUGUCCUAGAUACUUCCAUAAUCUCUCUGUAACUCCUCUUAUUACCACUUGGUGGUGUAGAAGCACUGGCAAAGCAUCUCAGACCAGGGCUCGUUUUCCCAGGUAGGAAUGUAAGGCAGAGAGCUGAUGUGAUUCAUCAUAGAAAUAUACUGUGCAGAACAGACAUGAUUCUAUCUGAAUGUUCCUGAAUAUAGGAAGGCAUUGCCCUUGCCUGACUGUCUUCUCCUGUUUGUUUGUUUCUCCAGCACACCAUCAUCCCCCGGGGGUCCCUGUCCCUGAAGGUGCUGGCUGAGCUGCCUAUCAUAGUGGUGCUCAUGUACCAGCUGUACAAACUGAACAUCCAUAACGUGGUGUCUGAGUUUGUCCCCCUCAUCAUGAACACUAUCAUGCUGCAGGUUUCUCCUCAGGCCAGGUAAGACGUCUGUGUGUGUGCGUUUGAGUUUGUGUGUUGAUUCCCUCCUGUAGACAAUCAAAAUGGCUAUUUUUUCUAAACAACCACAAUAAAUGGUAUUAAAGCAUAAAUCAUUAUUACAUGUACAGUGAAAUAGUUUGCUGUGUGUGUGUGUAUAUAUGUUAUUCUAAACCCUAACAUUGAACUUUCAGGCAACACAAGCUGUAUAACAAGGAGCUGUACGCUGACUUUAUCGCUGCUCAGAUCAAGACCCUGUCCUUCCUGGCCUACAUCAUCCGCAUCUACCAGGUACAUAUACCCAUGUUGUGCUUUUCUGUCCAUGUGCCCGUGUUUCAAUUUCUCAUUUCGUUUUCUGUCUUGUAUUGUAUUUACCUGGCACACAGGAUCAUUAAUGAAAUGUAGAACAACUAAGUUUUCAUGAAAUCACAUUUUCGAAACUAUAUUUCAAUAUUGUGUGUGUGUCUCCCUCUGACCAGGACCUGGUAGGGAAGUACUCCCAGCAGAUGGUGAAGGGCAUGCUGCAGCUGCUGACCAACUGUCCCUCUGAGACGGCCCAUCUACGCAAGGAACUGCUCAUCGCUGCCAAACACAUCCUCACCACAGACCUGCGCAGCCGUACGCAUUGACACACUGAUGGACACAUACAGGCAUGCACAUACGAAUGCAAACUCACUCAGACUAAUUCUGACACUUUAUUUUCAUUCUGUGUUGCAGAGUUCAUCCCUUGCAUGGACAAACUUUUUGACGAGUCCAUACUGAUCGGGUCUGGCUACACGGCCCGGGAGACUCUGAGGUAAGACCUUCCUCCUCUCGUCAUCCUCCUCCCUGUGCUGCCAACCUGCCCCUCUCAUCAAAACACCAGCCUUCAUCUUUCAUUAGUCGUCAUGUGAAACAAGCCGUAGCUAUCAGACCUGGCACAUCUCUCUUGAUGGUGGAGUAUAUUAAAGGAAAUAGGUGUCUUCAAAUGCUCUUAAAAGCUCAGGUACCCUCAAUGCACUGAUUUUAUAAGUCACUCUGGAUAAAAGCCUUUAGUGUCUGCUAAAUGACUGAGAUGUUACGUAAAAUGUAAAAACCUUCCAUUUGAUAGUUGUGAACUCUUCUAUCCUCUCUUCUGUCACCAGACCACUGGCCUACAUGGUUGUUAGUGAUCUAACUGUUAACCCUUUAUCCCCUCCAGACAAUGUAAUGGAAAUGUAACCUUCCGUUUGAUAGUGGUAAACUUUUGCAACUCCCUAACCUCUCCCAUCCCCUCUCUCCCCCAGACCCCUGGCCUACAGCACGCUGGCAGACCUGGUGCACCACGUGCGUCAGAACCUGCCUCUCACAGACCUGUCUCUGGCCGUGCAACUGUUUGCCAAGAACAUAGACGACGAGUCUCUCCCCAGCAGUAUUCAGACCAUGUCCUGCAAACUGCUGCUUAACCUGGUCGACUGCAUCCGCUCCAAGAGUGAACAGGAGAACGGCAACGGACGGGACAUACUGAUGAGAAUGCUGGAAGUAAGUCAAGCGAGAUGGGAAAGGACAGGCUGAAUUAUAAGAAAAAGGGCAAUGUUGUGCCCAAUCACAAAUCGACCCUGCGCCUCUAUACUACCUCUAGGUUCCCCAUGUAAGAAGAUUAUGUUCCUUUUUAUGAUUAUCAAGACAUUGACUUCAAUAAAUCUUCAAUCUCUCUCUAAUUCUUCUUCAAGGUGUUUGUGCUGAAGUUCCACACCAUCGCUCGCUACCAGCUCGCCACCAUCUUCAAGAAGUGCAAGCCCCAGUCAGAGAUGGGUGUGGUCGAACCUCAGGGGGUGCUACCUGGGGUCCCCACAACUCCUGCCCUCCCAGCCACGCCUGUCCUCCCUGCCCUGCCUCCCCUUGCGCCCCCCAACCCCGUCACCCCCGCCCCUCCCGCCCCCGCCACCUCCUUCGACCGGCUGGGGGAGAAGGAGGACAAGCAGACAUUCCAGGUGUCGGACUGUCGCAGCCUGGUGAAGACGCUGGUCUGUGGGGUGAAGACCAUCACCUGGGGAAUCACCUCCUGCAAGGCUCCUGGAGGUGAGAGGAGCCAGAAAAAUGGCCCUUGUGUUACACAGAGGAGAAAUUGACACUUUUGAGUUACGCUGUCAAGAUUCACCCUGUUUUUUCCAUUGGUUUACAUCCACACGUCUACUUCAUUUUAAUGAAAGAUAACUCAGGAUAAACUAACCUCACGGAUUGCUUAUGACUCCUGUUGUGUGUGUUGCAGAGGCCCAGUUCAUUCCUAACAAGCAGCUUCAGCCCAAGGAGACUCAGAUUUACAUUAAGCUGGUGAAAUACGCCAUGCAGGCCUUGGACAUAUACCAGGUAUGACUGCCAGUGUACCAGUAGGGCUUUGUCUUAUGGAGAAAUUAUUAUAUAGUCAUUAGCCAUACAUUAUACAUGUAUACAUUACAUUGUGUAUAAGAGAGCUCCACUGCCCUCUUAGCUAGCUACAGAUUGGUCAGGAUAUAACCAAAUAGAAAACUCUGGGUCAUACCAAUAUAUAUUGUACAUGUGUAUACCCAAUGUAGAAACUCCAGGUUGUACCACUAUCAAGUCCAGUGUGUAACGAGCCAUACAGUGUAUAUACAUGUGAAUAUCAGCGCCCCAUCCGUCCUCGGCUAGAUGCAGAUUAAGCAGGGUUACCGUAAUAACCAUAAUAUAACAGCACCCCAUCCCCCUCUCGCGGCUAGGUACAGGGUACAGAUUGAUCAGGUUUACCGUAAUAACAUAGUAUAACAGCUCCCCAUCCCCCUCUCCUGGCUAGGUACAGAUUGCCAACAACCAGCAGACGUACAUCAGGGUGGCCAACUGUCAGACGGUGCGUAUGAAGGAGGAGAAGGAGGUGCUGGAGCACUUUGCUGGGGUCUUCACCAUGAUGAACCCCCUCACUUUCAAGGAGAUCUUCCAGACCACCGUCCCCUACAUGGUGGAGAGGAUCUCCAAGAACUACGCCCUGCAGGUAACCACACUCUGUGGCUGUGUCCAAAAUGGCACCUUGUUCGCUAUGUAGUGCAUUACUUUUGUCCAGGGCCCUAAGAGCAAUUUCAGAUCUGGGUUUAACGUAACAUUUCGGGCAGGUUUCCUGGACCCAUAUUAAGCCUAGUCCUAGACUAAAGAUAACUUUUCAUUAAGAAUAUAUAUUUUUUUAAAGGCUUGGUUUUGUUUGUAGAUUUAUGUGUAAACCCUCCCCAUCUCCUUUCUCCAGAUUGUGGCUAACUCGUUCCUUGCCAACCUGUCUACGUCAGUCCUGUUUGCCACCAUCCUAGUGGAAUACCUUCUGGAGAGACUACCUGAGAUGGGCUCCAACGUAGAGCUGUCCAACCUUUACCUCAAGCUAUUCAAACUGGUCUUCGGAUCUGUCUCACUGUUUGCUGCUGAGAACGAACAGAUGCUCAAGGUUAGGGUGAUGUUUAUUUUCAUAAACCGUGUUGCAUAGUUUCGAUGCCUCUUCGUCUUGUAAACCCUGUCCCAAAUUGACAAUGGUUUUUGAGAUAACUAUCCUGACUGAAUUGAAAUGCGGAGGAACCAACAUUAGUCUUGUCUGAAGGCUAAAUUGUGAUGUUCACCAUACUUUCAAAACCAAAUGUAUUGAUGUCAAACACCAAAAUCAUGUCUCUUCUAUCCCCCAGCCUCACCUCCACAAGAUAGUGAACAGCUCCAUGGAACUCGCCCAGUCUGCUAAGGAACCAUACAACUACUUCCUGCUUCUCAGGGCUCUCUUCCGUUCCAUUGGUGGAGGCAGCCAUGACCUGCUCUACCAGGAGUUCCUGCCCCUCCUACCCAACCUGCUGCAGGGUAGGUUGCGCCACACACAAAAAGGAAAUAUUGUUUUGUAGCUUUUUAAGGUUUGUAGCAUGUCCCUUCAUAUUCACUGAUCUGAAGACACAGGAUAGAUGGGUAAAAAAAAACAUGGUGGAUGCCAACCAGGAAUUUGCUUUACAGCACGUCUUCAGUCCUCUCUCCUCACUUUCCCCUUCACUCUCCUUCCCUUCUACCUCCACCAGGCCUCAACAUGCUCCAGAGUGGUCUCCACAAGCAGCACAUGAAGGAUCUGUUUGUGGAGCUGUGUCUGACCGUGCCUGUGAGGCUGAGCUCCCUGCUGCCCUACCUGCCCAUGCUGAUGGACCCGCUGGUCUCUGCCCUGAAUGGCUCCCAGACGCUUGUCAGCCAGGGCCUCCGCACCCUGGAGCUCUGUGUGGACAACCUGCAGCCAGACUUCCUCUACGAUCAUAUACAGCCCGUCAGAGCAGAGCUUAUGCAGGUGAGGACGCACGCACAGAUGCAGGCAAACGCAACAGAAGCGUGCACACACAUCAUACACACACAAUCCCACCCCCACCCCAACCCCCACAUUCAAUUUAGACACACAUCCAAGUCUCUGCUCUCACUUGCUAACCUUUGACCCCUCAUUCCCCCUUCUCCAGGCAUUGUGGCGGACGCUGCGUAACCCAGCGGAGACCAUCAGCCACGUGGCGUACAGAGUGCUGGGGAAGUUUGGCGGCAGCAACAGGAAGAUGCUGAAGGAAUCCCAGAGACUGCAGUACGUGGUGACUGAGGUCCAGGGACCCAGCAUCAAGGCAGAGUUCACUGACUGCAAGGCUUCUAUACAGCUGCCCAUGGAGAAGGUAUGUCACUAGUCGGCCAUUACGGGUGUGAAUGGGGGAUUGGUGUGGUAGCCAUUUUGGAUCAAAAUGGUGGUUAAGGCAUUCGAUUGUACUGUGAUGGGCAUUAAGUCACAGUAGCAGGGUAUUGUAGUAUGUUCUCAAAGCAAAACUCUAGUGAGGAACAUUUUAAAAUCUAGACAAGAGACCACUUCAAAACCACUCUAAAUUAAUUCCACUUAUCCACCCCUUUUCUACUUUUCUAUUUCAAUGUGAUUACAAAGCAGAGACAGUAGCUAGAGAACAGUGGAAGUAGCGAGAAUAAGGGUGAUCGUUCCUCUGAGGGGUAAUGAACCCUUGUCAGAGUUGAGCUUCUCUCUGUGAAAGAAGACGGUCUUCCCCAUGUAAUUAAAGACCUCAUUGGGCCUUACGAGCUCCUCAUCUCUGCUCCAGGCCUGAAUAAUCAAUCUACAGAACACUGGAUGACGACCGCAGUAUUUACUUUCUAAUGACUCUUUAUCUCUGUCUGCUAAUAGUGAAAACACACACAUGCACACGGUCAUUUCUGUAAUUGAGUUGACGCUCCAAAGAUGGAUGCCACAGAUAGCGUUCUCUCUCUCGUGCUCUCUCUCUGGAAGUACGUAGCUUAAUGGUAUUUGCAUCAUGUGUCUUAUCCUGACAUUUGUUUGGAUGGUAAUCCUCUAUCUCUGGUUCGUUCAGCCAUACCUAUGGGGGAAAUUAAUGGGGUUUUGGGAUAAACGCCAAAAAUAAGGUCUGAGGUUAACACAGGCUUAGGAGAUCUUAUACGUUUUGUUCUAUGAGAUAUCAGUCAGUUAACAUGACCUUUUAUGAAUUAUGCCUAUGUGCUUGUUUUGAUUACAUAUAUGCUCAAAUUCACAGUGACGUUGGCUGAUGAAGAUUAUCUCAUAUUUAAAAAAAAAUGUGUACGUCUCCUAAGCCUGUUUACCACAAACCUUAUUUUCGGCGUUUAUCCAAAUAAACUCCCAAAGAGCCAUCCAAAGAGCCAUGGUGGAGUUAGUGCCUUCAAAAAAAUCAUUACUUAAUACUCUCUAUUCUCACUCAUUUUCUCCCUCUAUCCCCUUCUUUUCCUGCUCUCUCUUUUCCCACCCUCUCCCUUGCCCUCUUUGUCUCUGCUGGCCCCCUCACCCUCCCCUUCCUCCUCCUUUUGAAGUGAGACACUCAGUCUAUUUAAAGCCUCUGAGUCUCUCUUUAUUCAAAACGCUUUCUAAUGUCUUUAUCUUUAUAUCUAUGUACUUUGUUGAGAUGGGAUGAGUGCAUGUCAGCCAGUAGCAGUGUAGCCCUAAUGUGCUGACAGGGCUAAGCUAGUAGAAUUCAAUUAUGCACUCUCCUCCUCUUCUCCUUCCUUUUCCACCAGACAGACCAGCCCUCUCGUUCUUUCUUUCUCUCUCCUCUCUCUGAGUGGCGUUAAUUAGUUUAUCUUCUGCCUCUUUAAGUGUCCAGCCGCAUUGGCUUGUCAGCUCAUAAUCUGGCAGUUGAACUGGCCUCUGCUCAGCCCGGGCCCCGCACCGUGUUUAGAGGUUCUCUCUCCAUGACAGGUUAUGCAAAGCGCCGGUUUCAGUCAUGAGUUAAACACACUGCCUGAGUGCAGCAGGGUAGUUAUUCUACACAGGGUACAGGGCUCCAGACUGCGACCAUUUUGUUGCAUUUUGUGACCCUUUUACUUGUCUGUGCGAGUUAGUGUUAGAUAAAAUGCUAAAAUUCUCCCAGACGCGACUCAUUUAUGUGUACAGUGAAUAUAUGCAAAUAAAUAUAUCUCUCACUAAUUGAUUGUACAAUGUACACACAAAUGUUAUGAUUUAAGUUUGUGUGUGUGAUAUGGGAGUUGAAUACAUUUAUUUCGACAUUAUAAAGAAAACCUUUUAUAAACAAAAUCAACACUGCCAUGUUGAUCUGAGCCUUGCUGUUGGAAAACCACAUUAGCGUCCUACUUUUGGCUGUCGCAGAUGCACCUCCCCCGACCUCGAUCCUCGACUUUCGUCUAAGGUUGGUUGCUUUAGCCUUACCAUUUUUAAAUGCACCAAAUAUAUGCGGUGCUGCUCGUGGCAAUGUUAGCUCGCUGAAUUUGACUUGAUAAUUUAAAGGUAAUCUCAAUGUGACCCGCCAGAUUCAGACGCUUGAAAACCCCAUUAGAAAAGCUUGAAAACACCAUUCCAUUUUUUAUUUUAGUUAGUUUGGAGCCAAAGUUAAUAGUUUCAGUAUAAGUUUUAUGUUUUCAAAUGGGUUUGUUCAGUCUUUUAUUUCAGUUUACUAAAGUGUUUUUUUCUUUAUUUAGUUUGUGUUUAUUAUAAUAACCUUGGCUCAAAGCACACUAUUUUACAAUCAAGUUAUCUGAUAUGGCUUUGAAAUGCGGAGUGCAUGGGAAAUUGCGUAUCGGCCAUCGCAAGUGCACUAGGGCUCAUUGCAAAGUUUAUUUUAGGACAUUACAUUUACUGUUCAAUUAAUACGUGCCUACUAGAAGUAGGUGUUAUAUUUAGAUUUAGUGAUCUACAGUUGUGGUCAAAAGUUUUGAGAUUGUCACAAGUAUUGGUCUUCACAAAGUUCUCUGCUUCAGUGUUACUAUGGUAUACUGAAGUAUAAUUACAAGCAUUCCAUAAGUGUCAAAGGCUUUUAUUGACAAUUACAUUAAGUUUAUGCAAAGAGUCAAUAUUUGCAGUGUUGACCCUUCUUUUUCAAGACCUCUGCAAUCCGCCCUGGCAUGCUGUCAAUUAACUUCUGGGCCACAUCCUGACUGAUGGCAGCCCAUUCUUGCAUAGUCAAUGCUUGGAGUUGGUCAGAAUUUGUGGGUUUUUGUUUGUCCACCCGCCUCUUGAGGAUCGACCACAAGUUCUCAAUGGGAUUAAGGUCUGGGGAGUUUCCUGGCCAUGGACCCAAAAUGUCGAUGUUUUGUUCCCCGAGCCACUUAGUUAUCACUUUUGCCUUAUGGCAAGGUGCUCCAUCAUGCUGGAAAAGGCAUGGGUCGUCACCAAACUGUUCUUGGAUGGUUGGGAGAAGUUGUUCUCGGAGGAAGUGUUGGUACCAUUCUUUAUUCAUGGCUGUGUUCUUAGGCAAAAUUGUGAGUGAGCCCACUCCCUUGGCUGAGAAGCAACCCCACACAUGAAUGGUCUCCGGAUGCUUUACUGUUGGCAUGACACAGGACUGAUGGUAGUGCUCACCUUGUCUUCUCCGGACAAGGUUUUUUCUGGAUGCCCCAAACAAUCGUAAAGGGGAUUCAUCAGAGAAAAUGACUUUACCCCAGUCCUCAGCAGUCCAAUCCCUGUACCUUUUGCAGAAUAUCAGUUUGUCCCUGAUGUUUUUCCUGGAGAGAAGUGGCGUCCUCGCUGCCCUUCUUGACACCAGGCCAUCCUCCAAAAGUCUUCGCCUCACUGUGCGUGCAGAUGCACUCACACCUGCCUGCUGCCAUUUCUGAGCAAGCGCUGCACUGGUGGUGCACCGAUCCCGCAGCUGAAUCAACUUUAGGAGACGGUCCUGGCACUUGCUGGACUUUCUUGGGCACCCUGAAGCCUUCUUCACAACAAUUGAACCUCUCUCCUUGAAGUUCUUGAUGAUCUGAUAAAUGGUUGAUUUAGGUGCAAUCUUACUAGCAGCAAUAUCCUUCCCUGUGAAGCCCUUUUUGUGCAAAGCGAUGAUGACGGCAUGUGUUUCCUUGCAGGUAACCAUGGUUAACAGAGGAAGAACAAUGAUUUCAAGCACCACCCUCCUUUUAAAGCUUCCAGUCUGUUAUUCUAACUCAAUCAGCAUGACAGUGAUCUCCAGCCUUGUCCUCGUCAACACUCUCACCUGUGUUAACGAGAGAAUCACUGACAUGAUGGCAGCUGGUCCUUUUGUGGCAGGGCUGAAAUGCAGUGGAAAUGUUUUUUUGGGAUGGCAAAGAGGGACUUUGCAAUUCAUCUGAUCACUCUUCAUGACAUUCUGGAGUAUAUGCAAAUUGCCAUAAUCAAAACUGAGGCAGCAGACUUUGUGUAAAUUAGUAUUUGUGUCAUUCUCAAAACUUUUGACCACUACUGUAGAUCAUGUGUUUUGAGUUUCCCCUUCCUCUGGGUGAAUUAUCACCUAUUUAAUUAGGCCUAUACAGUAUAUAAUACUGUAUUAGUGCACAUAAAGAUUAAGGCAAAAAAAUCUGAAGUCUUGAGCCCUAUUUUGACAGUAAAAUAUAACAGAAAUAAUCUCUGGAUAUACCAAAAACAAUGACUGGAUUAGGUUGCAUAUCAAAAUAUUUUGAAUCAUUCAUUCCUGCUUUGACAUGGUAUUCAAUAAAUACAAUUGUUACAUCUAACAUCUCAGUAGUAGAUUACCCUUCUUAAUAAGGUAUUGUGAAUGAUUUUAUAUCACUUUAUAAGAUGACUCAAAUGGAUUCUAUUGACGCAGAUUAUAUAGUUAGUGCCACCAGGGGAAACGUUAGUCUCGAGGCCUGGGGUAUUUAUUGUUCUACACUGAUUAUUUUUCACAUUAAAAACGACCCUUUGAACCAAGUUAACAACUUAAUAUAAUCCAUUUAAAGUGAAGUGUUGAGUAGUGCUGAGUGAUUCACUGAAAUGUUAGUUAUAUUUCGGUUUUUAAACAACUAAUUGAUGAACAUCUGUUCAAUUAUUUGAAUUCCAUUUCCUUCUGGGUUUUUCUGUAAACUCAGUGCGCACAUUGCGUAGUUUCUCUAGAGAUAAAUCAGAUCAGCCUGAACUGUGCGAUGUACUAGGGAGUUGAAGUUUUCAACAGGACAAAAUGCUACGUAGUUUAGUGCAGAAAACCUGGGUAUUAACUACAAUGACCAUAAUCCGAUGCGUGCCGGUCUUUCUUUUACGCCUGUAAUGUUAGUGUCAGGCAGACACUGAGAGAACAGACAGAAGAAUGCUCAAUCUGAAAAGACAUGAUCUAAGUGGUUGUUAUUCAGCAGUCACAAAGGUAUGCCUUAUUUACUUUGAAGAACUAUUAAAAUAGUGAUUUUUGUCAAGACAGCAGAGGCAGCAGCUCUAUGGAGAUGAGAUUAUGACUUGGAAUGAAAUAAUAAUGUCAUUAAAUAUACACAACAACUGAAAUAUUAUAUUAAAAUAGACCCUAAGUAAUGUGAAUAAAUGAUGGUUAAUAAGUGAUAAGCAGUAAUGGGCAGUCACUACCAUCAUGGGACUUUUAUUAAUUGUUUAAUCUGUUUUACAGCAUUCAGCCCACAGUGCAUUUAAUGUAAAAAAACAAACAAUCGAAAACUGGAUUAUUUUUAAAAUAAUCCAACCAAAACUGAACCGACCUCAAAAAGCACUAAUCGCUCAGCACUAGUGUUGAACAUUUACAUUUGUUUUUACUGCGUGCCAUGUGACCUUUAAGUCGACAAGAACCAGCUCUUUCAUCUUAUAAUGAAUCCACCAUGGUCAAUUAAAUUAUUUACUGUAGGAUCUUGUUUUGAAGUCUUGUCUGUAUGGAUGUUGGAAGGUAAAUGUAUCUCUCUGACUCUGUGUGUUUCCCCUGCAGGCUAUAGAGACAGCUCUGGAUUGUCUGAAGAGCGCCAACACAGAGCCGUACUACAGACGGCAGGCCUGGGAGGUCAUCAAGUGUUUCCUGGUCGCCAUGACCAGCCUGGACGACAACAAACACGCCCUGUACCAGCUACUGGCUCACCCCAAGUAAGACUACACACACACACACACACACUACUUAACCCCAUAUGACUUCAGGUCUUUCCCUCUGCCUUAAUUCAUCUCCAUAUAUCCCCCUCUCUCCAUCCCUCCCUUCCACUUUCCCCCUCCCCUCUCAUAAUAUCUUCCAUCACGUGUCAAGCUGUCUCAUCAGUGCUGUCUGAAGUGUUACAGCUGCUGAUUACUGAUAGAUGCUUAGGCAGAGAGAUGGGGAGGGAAGAGAGAUGGAGGGGAGAGUGGGUCGCAUUACUAUCAUUGAUCCCCGACCAGGGGCUAAUUGACUUUCCCCUCUCUGUUUACACUCCUCCCUACACACACACACACACACACAGUCCCCCCCCCACCUCUGUCAGAUGUCUUGAUUCAUGACGUCCGUUCUCUCUCUCUCUUGCUCCCUCCAUUCUCUCGGUCUUGCCGGUUGGUCACCGUGAAAAGCUCCUUUCAGUGAAAAGCAUCAGAGCUUUUCUUAAUAUCACCAAAUGCCAAGAAGUGAGAAUGGAGCUCCAUCGGAGUGGCAGGGGCUGUAAAUGAACGGAAAUUGAUCUGGCAGUCCGUCUAACUGCCCCCCGCCACUCAAUCCCUCCCUCCUCCUCUUCUCCCCUCUCGGCCUCUCCCUCUCCUAAAGCAAAAGUAUUUUAAAAGGCGGUAAUGAAUUGGAGCAAUCCAUCAGGGGUAGCCAUGGCAUCUGGCAUUAUAAAACACAAGCUCAAGCAUGGAGAAAACGGCCUCUCAAUCAAACCAAACUGUCCCCUUCAGCAGGGCUAAAUAACACAGCCUUGGGAGCGAGUCGGGGGAGCAGAUACCAACCAGUCAGGCACAAAGACUGUCUGUCGGUCCUCAGGGUUAUUAGGCACUGGCAGAGACAACAGAUUAUUCACCCAGAGACAUUUACCACAGAAUAAAAACAUGCUGUGACAGGCCGUGUAAAUGAUGAAUUACAGUUUUAAUGACAUAUGAUGCAGUGUUUCCCAUAUAUGCAUUUAGCAGCUGCGCACCGCUGUUGCUAAAUCGUGGCUGCCACUAACUCUGCCCUCCGCUGCUGAAAAAAAUCCUAGGGGAAACACUGAUGAAAAUGUUCAUAUUUGAGUGUUUUGUCGUUUGCUUUUGUCUAUUGAAUGUCCUAUGGCGGCAUGUUAAUUUAGUGUGUGGUUUGCGGUGUGUGUGUGUGUCCAGUUUCACAGAGAAGUGGAUCCCUAGUGUGAUCAUCUCCCACCGCUACAAGGCCCAGGACACGCCGGCCCGCAGGACAUUUGAACAGGCACUGACCGGGGCAUUCAUGUCUGCUGUCAUUAAGGACCUCCGCCCCAGCGCUCUGCCCUUCGUGGCCAGCCUCAUCAGACACUACACCAUGGUGGCUGUCGCUCAGCAGUGUGGUGAGAGAAUGCAUCUUUCGCUCUCUGCUAUCGCCCUGUGUUUUUGUCCCACUUGGACUUCGGACUUGACCGUCUCUCCACCUUUCUCUUCUUUUCUCUCAUUUGGCUGGAUGCUCUCCAGCUCUUUGUCUCUCUCCUUUGGUAUCUCAUUCUCUCACACCUUUUUCUAUUCUCCUCCUUUUCUAUGCUCCUCAUGGUUGUUGUGUUUUUGCCCCCCCCCCCCAGGUCCAUUCUUGCUGCAGUGCUACCAGUUAGGCAGCCAGCCCAACACAGCAAUGUUCCACAGUGAGGAGAAUGGUUCUAAGGGCAUGGAUCCGCUGGUUCUGAUCGAUGCUAUCGCCAUCUGCAUGGCCUACGAGGAAAAGGAGCUGUGUAAAAUAGGAGAGGUGGCUCUGGCUGUUAUCUUCGACGUAGCCUCCAUCAUCCUGGGGUCCAAGGAGAGGGUGAGCGAGAGAGCGGGCUUGGGGGUUUACCAGUUGGAUUGCAUCACUUUUAAAUGCGUGUUGGUGUUGAUUUAUAAAAUGAAUAUGUUUUGAAUAGGAUGUGAAGUCUUGAUUGUAAGUGUUUUCAAUUUUGUCUGUGAAAAGAAGUGCUUGCUAUUAGCUCAUUCUGCUAAUCUUUCUAUUCCCCCUCAUCUCCCCCCUCUCCCUUCUUCCCUUCUUGUCUCCAUCCCCAGGCGUGCCAGCUGCCUCUGUUCUCCUACAUCGUGGAGCGUCUGUGUGCGUGCUGCUAUGAGCAGGCCUGGUACGCCAAGCUGGGCGGGGUUGUGUCCAUUAAGUUCCUGAUGGAGAGACUACCUCUCAUCUGGGUCUUGCAGAACCAACUCACCUUCCUCAAGGCUCUGCUCUUCGUCAUGAUGGACCUCACUGGAGAGGUACGGUUAUUUGUGGUAACUAACUGUUGCAGACACUAGUCUGACUUGUGUUGACACACAGACUUUAACUAUACAGGGUUAAAAUAAUCAAAUCAAAUGUUAUUUGCUAUUGCAAGAUGGCCCCUGCCCCCUAAAGACUUUUCUUUAGAUUUUUAAGGCGGGGGGGUAAAAACAAUAGCUGAAUAUGUAAAGUUUCACCUCUAGGUGUCUAAUGGUGCAGUAGCCAUGGCUAAGACCACCCUGGAGCAGCUCCUGGUGCGUUGUGCCACCCCUCUGAAGGACGAGGAGAAGACUGAGGAGCUUCUGGCUGCUCAGGACAAGUCCUUCCACAUGGUCACCCAUGAUCUGGUGAGAGAGGUCACCUCCCCCAACUCCACAGUCAGGAAGCAGGCCAUGCACUCCCUGCAGGUGCUAGCCCAGGUCACCGGGAAGAGUGUCACCAUCAUCAUGGAGCCACACAAAGAGGUGGGUCUGAGACGCCGUACCAGAGUUUUGUGGCACAUAGAAAUUGAACGGGUAAUGCAGGAUUUUUCAUAGCAUACUUGGUGACUGCUAGGCAGUGGUAGAUAUGGUCAUUGCUCUACACAUUCUACAGAUAUUAGAAAGACAAUCUUAGUGAUCAUUACCAACUGGCCAUAUGAGAAUGGAAUCACGGAUGCAAUUUAAAAUACACUACACACACUAACCUUGUGUGUAACCCCCCGACUGUAACCAGUUAUAACCCCUCCCACCCACAGGUGUUACAGGACAUGAUCCCCCCUAAGAAACACCUGCUGCGCCACCAGCCGGCCAACGCCCAAAUCGGCCUGAUGGAGGGCAAUACAUUCUGCACCACCCUGCAGCCACGCCUCUUCACCAUGGACCUCAAUGUCAUGGAGCACAAGGUCUUCUACACAGAGGUGAGAUGUCAAGGAAUAGUUUAUCACAAAGUAAAAGGAAUAGUUUUAGGAAUAGUUUAUCACAAAGUAAAACGUUUUUCAUAGGUUUUGUUUUCAUACCUUAAAAGUGGUCUAGUCCAUAAUUGUCACAAACUGGUGAAUUUUUUUUGCCCUAUAGAGUUCACAAUGUAUUGAGUUGACUCUGUAUUUUGAUCCUCCAUUGAUCCGUAUUGAUUCCAUUCCUUGCUCUUUCUCCAGCUGUUGAACCUGUGUGAGGCUGAGGACGCUGCUCUGAUGAAACUGCCCUGCUAUAAGAGCCUGCCCUCUCUGGUGCCCCUGCGCAUCGCUGCCCUCAGUGAGUACAUGAUAGGAGUCGUAGUCCUUACUUCACUGAAGGACUACAAAUAAUUCAGCCAUUCAACAUGUAGAACAAACACGUACAUCACAAUCAACUUUGUUCUUCAUCUACUAUUCUACAACAACAUCUCAAAACAAAUGUGUUAAUCCAACAUUUUGUCUUUUAUCAAUCAGAAAUAAAUCAGUAAAUUGACCAUUGUUGUUCCCUGUCUGUCUGCAUAGAUGCCCUGGCAGCGUGUAACUACCUGCCCCAGUCCAGAGAGAAGAUCAUUGCUGCCCUGUUCAAAGCCCUCAACUCCACCAACUCUGAACUGCAGGAGGCAGGAGAGGCCUGUAUGAGGAAGGUUAGUAAAUUACACACCUCCCAGGUAGCCUAGCGGUUAAGAGUGUUGGGCCAGUAACUGAAAGGUCGCUGGUUCAAAUCCCUAAGCCGGCAAGGUGGGGAAAACUGCCGUUCUGCCCUUGAGCAAGGCACUUAACCCCAACAACUGCUCCCGGGCCGACGUCGAUUAAGGCAGCCCCCCGUACCUCUCUGAUUCAGAGGAGUUGUGUUAAAUGCAGAGGACACAUUUGGGUUGAAUGCAUUCAGUUGUACAACUGACUAGGUAUCGCCCUUUCCUUUCCCUUCUCUUCUUUCUCCCUUUCUUCUCUUGUCUUUUAUCCUCUCACCUCAUUUAUUCAUCCCUUUCCUAUUUCUCUUCUUUGAUCCCCUCAUUGCACACCUUUUCUCUUUCCCUCCAUCUCAUCAAUGAUCUUGUACGUCUUCUACAUUUGCCUCUUCCUCAAUGCAACACUGACAUCCAGCCUUCCUACCCUCAAUCUACCUAUCAACACCUUCAUCCAUCCAUCCAUCCAUAAUUUCUCCCUCCAUUCUCUUCUCUCCUGCUCUCAUUCUCGUCUCCUCUCAUCCUGUCUUCCCUGGCCUAACACUAACGAGUGUUGCCAGGGAGCGGUCGAUACAGGAUGGAGUGUUUGUUCUGAGCAAAGAGAGGAGAAUUAAUGUGGCUGCCAUGCAUCAUCCCUGUGCGUGUGUGUGACUGGCCCUGGCCUUAUUGUUGUGGCCUUUCUCUCAUGCACUGGAUCAUCCAGAGCUGUUUUACAGGGCUCUUGGGUUGAGAGAUAAUAUACGUCGGUGAAAAUAAACCAUGAUUCGUGCUGAAAAUGUCUUGAAUUGAAAAAUUAUUAUGCUUAAAGAAAUGUUUUAUCUUUGUUCUGUCUCCCAGUUCCUGGAAGGGGCCACCAUCGAGGUGGACCAGAUCCAUACUCACAUGCGCCCUCUAUUGA